CCGUUUGUGACACGCCCACUCGUAUAUUUAUUCAACAAUGAGGAAGUGUAGUAGUAUAAACGUUCAUCUGCUGGCUGUCGAGCAGGUAGAAGGGUCAACAUGGCAAAUCCAGAUAAAGAAAUCUCCUACAGUGAUCUCAAAGCCCUCAAAGCAGGCAGUAAAGACCUUGUGCUUGUAGAUGUGCGCUCCAAAGAUGAAGUAGACAGAGGAUGUAUCCCAGGCUCCAUCCAUAUCCCAGUACAAGAUGUGGAAAGGGAAUUCUCUCUUGAUGAACAUACUUUUCAAGACAAAUUUGGUGUCCCGAAGCCCCUGCUGGAUAGCUGUGAUCUGGUGUUUCACUGCCAAUUGGGACGACGUGGAGAAGCUGCUACAGAGAAGGCCAGAAGCCUUGGUUUCAUCAAUGCAAAGAAUUAUGCUGGAGGUUACAAGGAAUGGUCAGAGAAGGAAGGGAAAUGAUGCUGCUCCAGUACACAGCACAGCUGUCCAGGACGUCUAUUAGGACAUCUAAGUAGUUUUAGUGACAGCUUUGUGUCUCUCACAAGAUAGGAAUCCAUUUUUAGCUUAGACAAACUGUAUAAUGUAGCUAUUUAUCUAUAAAACUAUACAUAAACAUAUAUAAAUAAAAUAAUAAAUAAUUAGAACAUCUCAGGAACUGUAUGAAUGAAUGUGAAUAAAUAUUAACGUUUUACAGACUGUAAAAUUUAUUUAAAUUCUGUUUAAGAUCAUCAGAGAUUUUUUAUUCAAGAAAAAAAAAACACGUUAUUGAUGGUCUGCGCAUGCGCACUUCUCUGCUGUAUGGUACCUUGUGAGAAAUAGACUUCAUUUAUAUUGUCACGAUGGCCGACAACAAAAAGAUGGACUUUUACUUUGCUCUGUGUUCUUCUUACAGGUAACACCACGCUAUGACUAUGUCACAAAUCACUGUUGCCUUAUAUGUUUGUGUAGAGUUUUGGAGAUGAAUUAAACAUUGAGUCCUUCACGA